AUGGCGCCACAAUGGCGCACCGCCCCCUUGUUUGGCGCCCUUGCGCUCAUCGGCCGCAACACCCUGGAUAGUGUGGGCACCCAGACGACGUUUGAAGCCGAUCGCCAACAAGAAGCCAACGCCCAGAUUGAAACGCUUCAGAAUCAUCUAGGACAACUGCUUUCUCUCCAUGAAACGGUGACUCGGCGCUUGGGACGCCAGGUGCAAACCAAUGCCAACCUGCGCGAUGCCAACAAACGCCUGUCCGUGGAUGUGGCCCGCCUCGAACAGCAACACCUCACAGACCAGGCCAAAUUGGAGGCCCUAAGACAACAGCAGGCCGCUCGCCUCCGAGAACUACGAAGCAACGCUUCGGCCAAAGCAGCCAAGUCAACACAGGCGACAACGCAGGACUCACCUAAAGAGUCCCGCCAUCGCUCGCACACAUCCGGGGAGAGAGAGAGAGAAAGAGAGAGAGAGAGAGAGAGAGAGAGAGAGAGAGAGAGAGAGAGAGAGAGAGAGAGAGAGAGAGAGAGAGAGAGAGAGAGAGAGAGAGAGAGAGAGAGAGAGAGAGAGAGAGAGAGAGAGAGAGAGAGAGAGAGAGAGAGAGAGAGAGAGAGAGAGAGAGAGGAGAGAGAGAGAGAGAGAGAGAGAGAGAGAGAGAGAGAGAGAGAGAGAGAGAGAGUCCUCUUUGCCAACUACCGAGGCAUCGACUUGUCUGCCCCUUCCACAACAGAGAUUCGCAACACGGUUGAGCUCGGCCAAAAAGUCAUGCUACACAUCCAACACGCCGUCUACACCUGGGAAGGCUCCAUCAACAAAUUUCUCGUCGACGACAAGGGCCUGUCCGCCCUUUGCGUGUUUGGCCUGCCCCCCGUGUCUCAUGCCGACGACGCCAAGCGCGCCACGGCGGCCGCCAAGCUUCUGACCGACACGGUGAAUGAAUUGUCCCCCGAUGCCACUGUCUCCGUGGGCAUUACGACUGGUAUUGUCUAUUGCGGGGUUGUCGGCUGCCGCCAACGGCGCGAGUACACCGUCAUUGGCCACUACGUCAACCUGGCGGCCAGGUUCAUGACCAUGGCCCCGAAGAAUGGCAUCUACGUGGAUCAGGUCACCAUGGAAAAAAGUCAAAAGUACUUUGUCUUUGAUGAUGGCCUCUCCAUCAAAGUCAAGGGCCUCAGUGACCCUGUGCGCUUUUACAAACCCCUCAAGGUGAAGCUGCAAAGCGAGACCACCAAGUCCGAUCUCCAGUUGCAGGCCCGCAAAACGGAGCUCAAGCGCCUUCGUGACAUCAUUGCCGAUCCCCGUCGCACGGGAAAGGCUUUGCUCUGCACAGGUGAUCGCGGAAGCGGCAAGGGUAUCCUUGCAGAUGCGCUCUAUUGCGCAGCUGAACACCCCGACUACUAUGUCUUCCGCGGCAACAAUCACUCCAAAACAGCCACCUCCAUGGCCCUCAACGGCUCGAGCGUUGACGCUGACUUGGUCCACCGCCGCCGCGUCUCCUUCAACAGCAGCAACGGUGAACGGCGCAGUUCAGCCGACUUUGUUACCUGCGAAGAUCGCACCUCCCCGCGCCGCCUCCCAGCCCUUCAAGAAUCCCAGUUUGUCGACUUAGACUCGACGCUGGACGAAGCAGACGAUUCGGACGAGGGUGACAACCUGAACACCGAUGACGAGGCCUCUGCCAACUUUUUGAGCCCAGCAGCUUCACCAUCCCGCCCCACUUCUCGUGGCACCGUCCAAACCUCCCCGGCCUCUUCGCGCCCCGAGUCUGCCAUCGACACCUCAUUCAAUGACUGCCACGAGUACACUGAAGGCAACCACACGGACGUGCGUGAUUUGGACUCACUGCGCGUGGGAUUUUUGCCUUGGAUCCCUGUGGUUCAAAACAUCAUUGUCAAAGGAGCUGAGCUUGCGGAGCAAUCCCGUGAGCUUUGGCUUGUUCAUGCUCUGCGCGCCCAGCCCUGGCACCUGCGCUAUGCGCCCCUUCUCAACCAUCUCUGGGCCGACCUGGAGCUAGACGCCGGGGAGCUGCUAACGCUGGCCUUUGACAUGAAGAUUGAUCUAAAAGCUGCCGAACGCCAACGCAAGGGCUCCGAUCUCAAUCAGCGACUCAUGCCCGCUUUGCACGAGAUGUCACAACCCCUUCGGGUCAAGGAGUUACGCGACAUUAUUCGCCUCGUCGUCUUGCACUUUGCCGCAAGCUACCCAACCAUGAUCGUGCUGCAUUUCAAGACCGGCACCUCCACGUCAGCGGUCGACCAAAACUCGUGGAUGCUGACCAACACCCUCAGCAUUGAUUGCAGCAAUCGCACUAGCGAGGAGCCCUCACUGGUACUGGCCGUGUUCACCCGGUCCUACCUUCAUCAAAAAGCAACUGAGUUUGAUGACUUUCGUGAACGCGCCAUACACGAGGGCACCUUUUUGCCGUUGCAACCGUUAGACAACGCAGCCUCAGAUGAAUACCUGCGAAAGGUUCUUGGCCUGGCUGAACUUUAUUCGCUUCCUGCACGCUUGGCCCUGUACUUUCAAGACUAUGCCGCAGGCAAUCCCAAGCAGAUUGAGGACCUGGCUCGUCACCUGCUGAAAAUCCAAGCCAUCGAGGUUAUCGAGGGUCGCGUGACUGUCCAAGUGGACACGCUACCCCCGGUUGCACAUUUACCCUCCGAGAUGACCGCGCAUGUCCGAGCAGACAUUGAUCGGUUGAGCGAGCGCCAUCAGCUCGUCAUCAAGCUUGCCAGCACUUGUGAAUACUUUACCGAGGCCAUCCUUCGUGCCGUCAUUCCCUAUCCGGAUGAGCAGGAGCAAGUGCCACAAGUGCUGCGCUUUCUUGAGACCAAGGGCAUCUUUAAGCGUGUCAGCCGUGACGCCACGCCUACGGAGCUGCUAGUGUGGGAUCCCUCCAUGCCCUAUUCCUACUGCUUCGCCUCCCGGCUUGUCAAGGACAUUGCGGUGUCGAUGCUCAUGCUGGAGGAUAAGCAGGUGCUUCAAGAGCAUCGCCGCCUCAUGACCCUCCUGCAUGAGGCAAAGCAGCUCAUGUUGCUGCAAAGCCGCAGCCUCAACUGGAUUCAGUCGGCCCAUUCGGCCCGAGAGACACGAGGCCAUUCGCUCCCGCCGCGCGAGGUACGCGGACAAGCCUAUGAGGCGCUGAAGCAGGCGUUGAACACGACCAAGCAGCUGGCCGUUCCCAAGCCUCGGCCUCGACGCUCAAGUCGAGGACCAGUGCCGUUUUCGGCAUCAAGCUCGCGCAGCUCACUUCUUCGCGAAGUCACAACGGUGCCCCCGGGAUUUGGAGUGGACGCCGGGGCGAGCCCAAUCCGACUUCAAACCACCGUGUCAAAUGUGAUCCAGCGCCGCACGCCUCCACCGGUCCAGCGCUCGCAGUCGCAUAGUCAACUGCUAGUGCAGCAAUCCUCAGGCCAAAGCCAGCGCAGCUCGACUUCGCGCUCUUCAAACAAUCCCUCUCCCCGCACCUCACCUAUGCCCGCUGCCGCUGCGGAAGACAGUGUCCACCAAUCACUUUCCAGCACGCGCGCUAGUAGCGCUGAUGACCUCUUUCAGUUUAUGAUGCGGGAAGUGGAGGUGGGCAAGAAGCAACUUCGCGCGCGCGGACGACCGGCCGUCUCCAAAGUUUAG